AGGCUGUUGGCAGAAAACUCAUGGAGAAGGAUCGGGAGGGAGCUGAAUAAGGGAGCUGCAGAAAGUGUGAAGGGUUCCUUCUUCACGCAUCACUUCCUUGGGGAACCUCAUGGAGAAGGACCAGCUAUUCAGUGUCUUUAGCAUCUUCCUCUUCUCACUGUUGUUUCUUCCUGGGUUCUCCACCACAACUCCAGAACCCCAAUAUUUGGUACUGGUGCCUUUCCUGAUCCAUACGGAGACCACCGAGAAGAUCUGCGUCCAGCUGACCCACCUGAACGAGUCAGUGACCCUGAGUGUCGUGCUGGAAUAUACAGCGUGGAACCGGAGUCUGAUCAGAGAUGUGAUAACAGAGAAGGACGUCUUCCAAUGCGUCCCCUUUCAGCUUCCCAAAUGGAACAGUUCCUUGGGGUCCCCGGAGGUGUUUCUCCUGGUGACGGUGAAGGGCCCAUCGCUGGAGUUCAGAAGUCGGAAGAAAGUGCUGAUCCAGAACGUGGAUAGCCUGGUCUUCAUCCCGAUGGACAAAUCUAUUUAUAGGGCUGGACAAAAAGUUCAGUUCCGCAUUGUCUCUCUGGAUGAAAACUUUCGUCCCUUGAAUGAGAAGUUUCCUCUGGUUUACAUUCAGGAUCCCCAAGGGAACCGUUUGUUCCAGUGGACAGAUGUGGAACUCAGCCUGGGCCUCACCCAGAUGUCCUUCUCUCUGAGUUCUGAACCUCGCCAAGGUACCUACAGAGUGGUGGUCCAGAAAGCCUCCGGAAAAAUGGUGGAACAUACUUUUGAUGUGGAGGAAUAUGUAUUACCCAGAUACGAGGUUUCAGUAAAGGCUCCCAAGAUCAUAUCCAUUAUGGCCACCGAAAUCCAAGCAACCGUUUGUGGAAAGUAUACCUAUGGGAAACCAGUCCCUGGUCUGAUCAGCGUCAAGCUUUGCCGUCCGUUUCAGUUUUAUGGAAGCAGUUGUUAUGGGAAAGAGGGGGAAGCCUUGUGUGAAGAAUUCAGUGGGGAGGCGGACAUCCAUGGCUGUCUCUCUCAGACUGUUAAAACUAAAUUAUUUCAGCUGAAGCAGACAGAAUUCCAGAUGAGCAUUGAAGUCGAGGGCAAGAUCACCGAAGAAGGCACAGGGGUGGAAUUAACCGGCAAAGCUUCCAUUGAGAUUACUCCGGUCCUCAGCACCGUUACUUUUGAAAAGAUGGACACUUAUUUCAAACCUGGGAUCCCUUAUUUUGUGCAGGCAAAAUUAGUGGACAGCUUCAAUGUGCCAAUUGUCGAUGCGAUAAUCAAGAUCUGGGUAGGCCAGAUCCUGUGGAAUGUUGAAAAUACAACUGACGAACAAGGGCGAGUCCAGUUUUUCAUUGACACCACGAACUUCACAGAGGUAUCUGUUAGUUUUGAGGCAUUGUAUAAAGAGGGAGAUUGGUGUUCAGGAAACUGGCUUGAAGCAGAACAUAAACGGGCUUAUCAUAUUGCAUCAUACUUCUAUUCACCCAGUCAAAGCUACAUCAAAAUUGUCCCUAUAUCUAAGAUUCUAAGCUGUGGCUACACUCAUCCAGUUCAAGUCUAUUAUGUCCUCAACCCGGGUCUAGUGAAAGAAAAAGAGGUUGUCUUUUACUAUUUGGUCAUGGCUAAGGGGGGCAUUGUGCAUGAUGGGACUCAUGUUCAGACUCUGGAGCAUGGACAAACCAAAGGAGAGUUUACUCUUAAUCUCUCUGUGGAAGUUGACUCUGCUCCAGUGGCCCAGCUGCUUCUGUACACUAUUUUGCCCAGCGGAGAACUUGUCACUGACUCAGAAGAUUUCAUGAUUGAAAACUGUUUUGCAAACAAGGUGACGUUGCACUUCUCUGAUGCUGAAGGCCUGCCCUCCAGUGAAACUUACCUUCAUAUUUCAGCCUCCAGAAAUUCCCUCUGUGCCAUCCAAGCUGUUGAUAAGAGUGUCUUCCUUCUGAAGCCUGAGGCUGAGCUCUCACCUCAAACGGUUUAUAAUCUGCUUCCUGUGAAGAGCCUCAAGGGCUAUCACUACGCAGACUAUAGCUUGGGAGAGAAAAACAUGCAGCCCUGCAUGGCUGCAAAAAAUAUUGUCGUCGAUGGCAUUUCGUAUCGCUCAGAGUCCUUUUCUUAUAAUGAAGGUGAUGCCUAUGAGAUUCUCAAGGACACUGGUUUGAAAGUCUUUACCAGCACCAAGAUUCACAAGCCUGAAAUAUGCCCGGAGGAUCUGCAUCUUUAUUCUGCUCCAUUGGAAUAUGAGGAAGAUAAUGAUGAAGUUGAAGCAGACGAUUUGCUUACGGCCUUCACAUCUUCUGAAGAAGCAGCAGCAGAAGCAGAAGAAACAGAGGAAAUUAAAACAAGUCAAAGGAGCUUCUUACCUGAGACGUGGAAGUGGCAGAUCGUAACUCUGAGGUCCGCCGAGAAUCCUGAGGUCUCAGCCUCCCCAGAUGGUCUUCAGAGCAAGCUUGCUAUGGCAGUGACCAUUCCAGACACCAUCACCGAGUGGCAAGCCGGGGCCUUCUGCACAUCAGUGGAAGCUGGUUUCGGCAUGGCCCAGACCACUUACCUCAAGGCCUUCCAGCCCUUCUUCCUCGAACUCACCUUGCCUUACUCUGUGGUGCGAGGAGAAGACUUCACACUGAAGGCCACCGUCUUCAACUACCUCCAACACUGCAUCCGGGUUGCUAUCUCAUUAGCUCUUUCCUCUGAUUUUAUGGCUUCCCCUGUGGAGAAGGAAGAGGACUCAUAUUGUCUGUGUGCAAAUGAAAGGAAAACAGUAUCCUGGACUGUAAUCCCUAGAUCUCUGGGGGAAGUGAACUUCACAGCAAGUGCAGAGGCCCUCCGUUCAGAUCAGCUCUGUGGGAAUGAAAUUGUGGAGACCCCCAGCAGAGGGCAAAAGGACAUCCUGACCAAAUCACUUUUAGUUGUGCCUGAAGGAGAGGAGAAGGAAGUCACAUUUAAUUCCUUGCUUUGCGUAGCUGAAAACGCCCAGCCAGAAAUUGUCUCUCUGAAGCUCCCAGGAAAAGUGGUUGAGGGCUCAGCCCGGGCCUCUUAUUGUGUUGUUGGGGACAUCCUGGGCUCAGCUGUCAAGAACCUGCAUCAGCUUCUCCAGAUGCCUUACGGCUGCGGGGAACAAAACAUCGCGCUCUUUGCCCCCAACAUCUAUAUCCUGGAUUAUCUCAACAAGACGGAACAGCUAACAGAGGAGAUCAAAUCCAAGGCGAUAGGAUACUUAGUGGCCGGCUACCAGAGGCAGUUAAACUAUAAGCAUUCUGAUGGUUCUUAUAGCACUUUUGGAGAACAUAGUCACCUGCCAGGAAAUACCUGGCUGACUGCGUUUGUGCUCAGAGCCAUAGCUCAGUCCAGGCGCUACAUCUUUGUGGACCCGAAGCACAUCACAGAUGCUCAAGCUGCCCUGGCCGUGAUGCAGAAGGAGAACGGCUGCUUCCGGAGCACCGGAUCCCUCCUGAACAACGCGCUCAAGGGUGGGGUUGACAAUGAAGUCACGCUCUCAGCCUACAUCAUCAUCACUCUGUUGGAGAUUCCAUUGCCUCUUACGCAUCCUGUGAUGCGUAAUGUCCUCUUCUGCCUGGAGAGGGCAGCAGAAGGGGAAGUCCACGUUUAUACUCGGGCCUUGUUGGCAUAUGCUUUCGCCCUGGCUGGGAAGGGAGACAAGAGGAAAGAGAUGCUGUGGGAGCUUGACAAAGAAGCUGUGAAGGAUGCGGACGGGUCCAUGCACUGGCAGCGGCCCGGGAAGAAGGAAGAGAAGGUUGAUCUGCCCUACUAUCAACCUCGCUCUCCAUCCGCCGAGGUGGAGAUGGCCUCUUACGUCCUCCUCGCCUACCUGACCACCCAGCCCACGCCUUCCCAGGAAGACCUCACGGCAGCCGCGUCCAUCGCCAAGGGGUUGAUCAAGCAGCAGAAUCCCACCGGGGGCUUCUCUUCCACUCAGGAUACAGUGGUGGCGCUGCAGGCCCUCUCCCUCUAUAGAGCUGCUACCUACGCAAAGAGGGGAGCGGGUGCAAGCGUGACCUUGAGCUCCGAAGAAGGCGAUCCCAAGGAAUUCCAGGUGAACAGCAGCAAUUCUCUACUGCUCCAGUGCCAGGUGUUGCCCAAAGUGCCAGGGGACUACAAGACGGAGGUGUCAGGAGAAGGCUGCGUCUAUGUGCAGACCACCUUGAAGUACAAUGUGGAUCCACAUCAGAAGGAUGCACCAUUUGCAUUGGAAGUGCAAACAGUUCCCAGAAUGGAUACUGGACCCCAAGUCCCCCAAACAUUUCAGCUAGUCUGGAAUGUCAGCUACACGGGCCACCGUCCCGGCUCCAACAUGGUCAUUGUUGACAUCAAGAUGUUGUCAGGAUUCACCCCAAUGAAAUCAUCUAUACAGAAGCUGGAAAGACAGGCUGAGGUCAAACGGGUAGAGGUCAGUGGCGACCACGUCCUGUUGUAUCUGGAAGAGCUGAGGAACACAAGCCAGCAGUUCUCCCUCACGAUGGAGCAGAACUUUCUUAUCCGGCACCUGAAGCCAGCUUUAAUAAAAGUCUAUGAUUACUACGAAACUGAUGAAUUUGCCGUGGCUGCGUACAGCGCCCCUUUCCCUACAGAGGAAACCGAACUGGGGAAUGCAUGAAGAUUGAGAAUAUAUCCAUGAGUCCAUCAUCCUCUGCUAGACCCUGCUGGUGACUGUCUUCCAUCAGAUAUCAGGCAGAGAUGGCCUAUUCCCACAUAUUCCUCACCCCCAGGGCCCCGGUUCUGGGGACCGUCCCCUCUUGAAAUACGGCAGGGCUUUUCUUGACCAAGUCUAGAGAGCUCCGCUGGGCUCUAGAAAAAGACCAAUUUAUUUCCGAAAGCGUUUCCCGUGCUUUGCCCUUGUGGUCGAUUUUAAAGUGGGCUUUGAUCUUUUGAGAUCUGUUUGAUGUCAUUUUUUGCUCAGUCGUCUUAAAAGGGCGGCUGUCUGGAUUUUAUGUGAUUAUAGAUCACAUUGUCCAUCCUUGUUUGAUCUUGCUGGGGAAGUCCAUGAGAAUGUAAAGUGCAAUAAAAGAAACCAUGUUUAGGA